AUGAAACCGCCUGCGCACUGUGUUGCCGAGGCAUUUGCUACGCCGACCAAAAGCAUAUGCUCUGAGAGAACCAAUGCUGCGAUUGUCAAACCGCCCCGUCUUAAACUCCCCAAAGCAUCACCGUAUUUCUUCAGUCCUCUUUUCCAACCAGAGUCAUGCCUUCCGUUUCCACCAACCGAAUUCCCCGCAUUUGGACUGGUCCAAGAGCAGCUUGCACAUGAUCCGUUCAAACUGCUUAUCGCGACAAUUUUUCUUAAUCGAACUAGAGGUGGCGUCGCCCUUCCGGUUCUCUUCAAAGUGUUUGACUAUUACCCCACAGUUGAAGCUAUGGCCGCGGCCGACUUGACGGACCUGGUCUCUAUGAUUCGUUGUCUUGGCUUCCAAAACCAGCGGGCCAAAAAAUGUAUCGGACUCGCCCAGACAUGGCUUGCAUGCCCGCCUACAAAGGACAAGCGGUACCGCAAGCUUCACUAUCCCUGCAGGCGGGACGGCCGAGACCUUGCUGAAAACGAAUGCAUUGAAGAUGACGAUCCGCGCGUGGCUUGGGAAAUUGCACAUCUACCUGGAGUGGGCGCGUACUCCCUUGAUAGUUGGCGCAUCUUUUGUCGUGACGAGCUGCGAGGGGUGGCCAAAGAUUGGAAAGGCAGUGACGCCAUGGAGCCAGGAUUUGUUCCGGAGUGGAAAUCAGUUCUUCCGCAGGAUAAGGAAUUGAGGGCUUACUUGACAUGGAUGUGGCUCAAAGAGGGCUGGGUAUGGGACCGGGAAACGGGCAAACGGACGCGAGGGAGCGAGAAGCUGAUGCGAGCAGCGCGUCGGGGUGGCGUGGCUCAUGAAGAAAACGGGAACUGGAUUCUCGAGACCUCGCCAGUUAAGAAAGUUGCCAACGGGCUGACAGACACUACCGACGUCACUUAA